CCAUGAGGAAGAAAGUUCGAAAUGUGAACAAGGGCGACGAGAUCUUGCAAGGUCAGACGGAUUCGACAGGUAUUACAUCCGAAAGAAGAGGCAGAAGAGGGCCAUGUACAAUGAAUGGGUCGUCGAUUGACAGGAUAGUGCAGGCUAGUCAUGGAUAUUUAGCAAAUGUGUAAGGACAGCGUCCCGCAAUUCCGCAAACAAUGAGUGGCUAAUUGCAUGAACGCUGAGUUUGGGAGGACGUCAAGAAAUUCUGUAGUUCAUCCAAAGUUGCAGGCUUAUCAUGUGCCCUGCUUUGAGAGGUUUUCGAAAUGUUUGUGAUUGGCGAUCUUCACCCAAGAUGUUUUUUGGCGGAGUUGCCAGCCAUCAAAAUAUCAGAUCUUUAAUUUUCAAGCGCCGUGGCUUGAAGCUGAAGAGUUUUGUAUCCAUAAUCAGAGCGGCAGCAACCAGUAAUAGUUCUACAAAAGUCAAUAUUAGCAAACUUGAAUCUGAAGGUGGGGAGAAAAAGAAAUCGGGAUUUUUGACGUCUGUAGGUUUCAAAAACUGCAUGCAUCUCUUGGACACAGACGUGAGCUUGCUGUGUUCUCUACAUUCGAAGACUUUGAUGACUUAGAAAAAGUCCUGAGACAAAAAAGCAGCGAAGUCUCCACUGAAAGACUGCACAGCAACUUGGAAAGCAGCGAAUUCUCUACAGAAAGAAUCGAAUCUAUGGCUAUGGCUCAUAAUGGCUUCUCGACACGGCGAGGGCUUUCAUAAUGGCUUCCGACACGUGAGUGGUUUGCUUUCCAAAUGCUCAAAGUUCAUUCUAUGCAUUUGGGCUCUGACACGAAGAAUUGGGUUGACUGGGGGCUGGACAGGGAUCUAUUUCGGGGAAGAGGCUCCAACAUCCCGAGCAGGAUCCAGGUCGUCCAGAAGUUCCGACAUAUGGGCCAGCUAUAGUCCUGAAUUUCCAGCGAUUUUAUGGCAGG